AUGGCUACCGUCGCUGUGGAUGAAUCCCUCAAGCGGUCACCCUCGUCUCACGCCGAGGGUACCAGCACUGCCUAUCAGAGGAUGCCCGAAACCCUCUUGCACCUCACCGAGGAAGAGAUCGCUACAAUGAACAAGAAACUGGUUCGCAAGAUCGAUUCCAUCAUCCUGCCCAUCAUCGGAAUAUUGUACAUCCUCAACUAUAUCGAUCGGCAGAACCUGGCCGCGGCCAAACUCCAUGGCAUCACCGAAGACCUCAAUAUGACCACGGAGGAAUUUGCUACUGCUAUAUCAAUCCUCUUUGUCGGUUACCUACCGUUCCAGAUCCCAAGCAAUCUCAUUAUUGCAAGGAUUCCUCGGCCGGCCUGCACGGCUCUGGUCAAAAACUAUGGUCAACUUCUCGCUGUCAGAGCCAUUCUCGGUGUCGCUGAGGCCGUCUUCUUUCCAGGUGCCAUAUACUACCUCUCCGCAUGGUAUACCAAGACCGAGCUCGGAAAACGAAUUGCCAGUCUCUACAUCGCCCAACAAGUCGGCAACGCGUUCGGCGGCCUUUUUGCCGCAGCCAUCUUUCAGCUCGACGGUCGACAUGGAAUCAAGGGUUGGCAGUGGCUCUUCAUUAUUGAGGGUUCUGCCACGGUUGGAAUUGGUGUUGUUUGUGCCUUUUUCAUGCCCGAGUUUCCCUACAACAGCCGAAUCCUUUCCCAACCCGAGCGAGACCUUGCCGUGUGGCGUAUCGAGUCAACAACUGGUGCAGCUGAGGGGUCAGAAAAGGAAAGCACUCUCAAGAGCUUUGGAAAGGCUCUGUCUGACCCCAAGCUUCUGCUUCUCAUCCUGUGCAACCUGCUUUCUCAGGCACAGGGCUCGAUUGCCAACUACUUUCCAACUUUGGUUGCCUCGCUCAACUUUGGCAGCACUGUCAGCCUACUCCUUACUGCACCACCCUACGUCCUCGCUGGGGCCGUCUACUGGGUGUUGAUGUGGUAUAGCGACCGGAAGAACACAGCAUACCCCAUCAUCAUCGGAUGCAUCGCCAUUGCCAUUGGCAUGUACAUCAUCCCCAUGUCUACACUUAAUGUCCCUGCUCGCUACUUCUCCAUGAUGAUUCUUCCCUUUGCGUCUGUUGGUCCUCAGCUUGUGCUUUACAAGACUAUCAACCUUCAUCUCGCACGUCCUGUCUCGAAGCGUGCUGCAGCAUCUGCCCUUGUCAAUGCUAUUGGUGGCACCUCCAAUAUCUGGGCUUCAUACUUGUACUAUGCUCCUCCUCACUUUUAUGCGGCAUUCGGCACUCUUAUGGGUUGCGCCUUUCUUUUCGCCGGCACUAUCACUUUCUACCGCUGGCUCGUCUUACGCGAGAAUAAGCGACUGGACUCUGGCGAUCCUGAGGAGAUAGACAAGGUUAUCAAGGGCGGUGUUACUGAGGAGAUGGUUCAGCUUGGAUGGCGUUACGAAAUGUACUGA